CGCCGAGCCCGAGUACUAAGUGGCAACUGAGGCGCAGAGGCAGCGAGGGGAAGGCAGGAGCCGGGAGACAAGGCCAAGCCGGUCUUCCACGCACCCACCUCGGCUGCCUCGGCUCAGUGAGGGUCCGGGACUCAGGGCCUGGCGCCCGUCACUUCUCACGAGCAAGCGACACCCAGGGCGCGCGGCCUCCGCGGGCGGAGAGAGGCGCCGGGGCGCGCAGAGCGGAGCCGAGCGGAGCCGCCGCGCGCAGGGCCGCGGGUUUAAAUCUCCCGCCGCCGAGCCCCCCACCUCGGCGCACCGGCGCGGCGGGCGCGGGCUCGCGGGCUCGCGGGCGGCGGCUGGGCCGGUGCGCGGAAGAGCUCAGCGCGGCCCGAGCGGCGAGGAGCGGCGCGGCUCCGGCGGCGCGGUGAGGGUCCGGGGUCUGGCCCUCCGCUCCCUCAGGGCGGCGGGCGGCGGUGGCCAAACCUGGUUCCCAUGACGACGGCGGGCGGGGGCGCGGGCCGCGCGCUCUCCGUGGGCCGGCCUCAGGCGGCGGCCUCGGCGGACCCGACCCGUCCGCGGCGGGGGCGUCUCCUGCGCUCCCUCCAGGGGAAGGAAGCCGCGGCCUGAGGCCGGCCUGGGCGCUCCCGAUACGGGGCAGAUGCUCACAGCCCUGCGUGCUUUCCUGCUGGCUGCCUAUGUACGUCGCGCUUAAUUUAUUACUAUUAUUGUCCUGUUGUGGGAUGUCUUCAGAACAGACCAAUUGCGAGAUGGACGUGGUGAGAACAGAACCUAAGCAAAGCUGCGGGUCGUGGUGAUGUCGGAAUGCAUCACCUCGCGGGGGGUGUCGGUGCACAAAGCCUCCUCUCCCAGUUACUCCAUGGAUUCCUCUGAGCAACUCAGAGCAGAAGAUAACCAGUCAGUAGUGAGCAGAAUGCAGAAGAACUACUGGAGAACUAAACAAGUCUUUAUCAAAGCGACGGGAAAGAAGGAGGACGAGCAUGUGGUUGCAUCCGAUGCAGAACUGGACGCUAAGUUGGAGGUUUUUCACUCCAUCCAGGAGACAUGCAAUGAACUUGUGAAGAUAGUUGAGAAAUACCAGCUAAGACUCAACGUUAUAUCAGAGGAAGAAAAUGAACUAGGACUCUUUUUAAAGUUUCAAGCAGAGCGGGAUUCGACUCAAGCUGGCGAAAUGAUGGAUGCUGCUGGCAAGGCCCUCUGUUCUUCAGCCAAGCAAAGAUUGGCCUUGUGUACUCCCCUGUCUCGUCUUAAGCAAGAAGUGGCAACAUUCAGUCAGAGGGCCAUUUCUGACACCUUGGUGACCAUUAACCGCAUGGAGCGGGCCCGCACAGAGUACAGAGGAGCCCUGCUGUGGAUGAAAGAUGCAUCGCAGGAACUUGACCCAGACACCUUCAAACAAAUGGAAAAGUUCAGAAAAGUACAGAAUCAAGUGAGAAACAGCAAAGAUUCUUUUGACAAGUUAAAGAAGGAUGUCUGCCAGAAAGUGGACUUGCUGGGAGCUAGUCGCUGCAAUAUGCUGUCUCACUCACUCACUACCUACCAGAGAACACUGCUUGGGUUCUGGGAGAAAACAGCUCAGAUGAUGACCCAAAUCCAAGAGGCCUGCGCUGGCUUUCAUCCGUACGACUUCCUGGCUCUCAAGCGACUACAAGACACUCCAGGAAAUCUCACUGCAGACUGCACAGAGGGACAAACAGAAGGCAGUUGUCUCACUACAGACCUCAAUAAGGUAGCUUUGUCUGAAGAGGAAGAGGAAGAGAGAUUUGAAAGAGAACCAGCCCCCAACAAUGGUAACCAAGACAUGUCAGCCUGGUUCAAUCUAUUUGCAGACUUGGGUCCGCUCUCAAACCCAGAUGCCAUUGGACACUCAGAUGACGAGCUUCUGAAUGCCUGAUUGAUGUCAUGGUGACUGAUGUCACAGGUUCAGGGGUCUUGAGGCUCCAACCGUGCAACAUUUACCUUUCUGAAGAGAAGUUCCCACUGUGACCUCACACAGAAGCGUGUAUCCAAGAUAGAAGUCUGCCAGCCAACUCGUCAGAUUGGUGGAGCAGACUGUUGUACAUGGAUAAUUUUACAAACUCUUGAGUCUGCAGUACUGAGAAACCAGAUUUAUGUCGGAAUCACAGAAGCAUGGUGUGUUUCUUUGGAAGGCUUUAUACUUGUUACUUUGCUGUAAGGGGAUAAAAACAGGAUAUAAAGUGGCUCUGGUUUGGGGUUUUUCCUUGGUAGUGUCGGGUGUUUUCUGUUGUGGAGAACAGCACUAGAUGUAGAAAGUUUCUCCUCAAGUACAACAUGGAACAAGAUUAGACAACUGUCUGUUUUACUGAAAUCAGAGAAACUUGUUUGCUUUUCUGUAUCUGGAAACUAAAUGCAAUGUUACCUUUCAUACGCAAUCAUGGAUACACUUAGUUCCAUCAUUAAAUUUUUAUGGGGAAGAUAGCAGGAUGUAAAAUCCAUUGUUUGUAGAAACUGGAAAAGGAAUCUACAGGCCUGUUUUCACAAACUUCGGCAGCGCAGAACAAUGAGGACCAGCACUGGCAGCCUGAGGAGCAACCUUGCCGAAACCUGCAGAAACUUCUAUGUGAACGGCAAGACUUCUGAACACCUGUCUUUACUGCGUAUUCUAACUCAUCACAUGCUUAACGCAGAAGGCUGGCAGACAUGGAAAAUUCCAGACAGUUAAGGAGCAUCCUGGGUUCGUCCUUAAGGUCUAACUCUCACGGCGCCUUCUGAUUGCUAAGCAAAAGCUACUGGCAGAGGACAUAGUUUGGAGGGAAGGCAGUGGCAGUUGGGUGAGCUGGAAAUCGGCUCAUGGAUUGCCGCUCUCUCACUUCCUGUCCUUUCUUGUCCACCCUUUAAGUCAGGGGUGGUUUCCCACGUGUUCGGUCAUCCAGGCCAUUGUGGCUGAUGUCCCACAAGGGACAUUUUAAUUAAGUUGUUUACUGUGGUUUUUAUGGGCUUCUAGUUAUUAGCAGGUUGAUUCAGAUUGAAAUUACAUGUAAUGUCCAAGUCAUGGAAUAUAUAGUGAGCUAUUUUUAAGGAGUAAACCAGAGUGGGUGAAUGCUAUCCACUCCACACGCCCAGCAACCUGGCCUAACCCUGUGAACUGCCCCUGCGGUCUCUAGAAAGCCAGUUUCAGGUCACUGGUGCAUGGGCUGCAGAUUCACUUGAGGGUCAAAAACAAAUUCAGACUUGUUCCUGAAUAUCUUAGCCUUAAUGAACUAUUAUCUCUUCAGAAGCACUUUCUGUCUGUUGAGUUAAAAUUUCCAGUACACGGUACUUUCAUUGUGUUGCCAAGAUUUAUCACCAGGAUUACUAUUACGAGUCACAGUCUAAGGCUAGUGCCAGUGCAACCACUGCCAUCAACCUCAAGAAAUGAUAGCUUAGGUCGUCUGUGCUACUCUUCUUUGUGAGGGUGUUCUUCCAGUGAGUUAGUUCACAGUUGUGAGAAUACAGUCAGAGCACUUACCAGAAAGACAGAUGCUGGGAAGGCACACAUUAUCCUAGGAACAACUUUCUCAAAGUGGGUAUCUUUUAUACUGAGCGGGGAAACACCUAUAUCCUACUUUAUUUUAUCCCAGAUAGCACUUCACACAAAGUUAGACAAGCUCCAGCAAGCCACCUGUCUUCUUCUCAAGAGAUGCAAGAAUGGAAGGCUAUGCUAUCAUGUGUAAUUUGUAUUUUCUGAGAUUUUAAUUAUACAAUAUAGCUCUAAUAUCAUUAGAAACAAAUUGUAUUUCAAAAAAUUAGAUUUCAUUAUUUACACAUCGAAAGGAAUUUCCACUUUGAAUAUUCACUUCACAUUACCUAUUGUUCUGGAUAUUUAUCUCAUCCUUCCUAUCUCAUAGGUCUAGAAAUAUACAGAGCUUACAGCAUUAAGAUGGUAACUUAAGUGUGCUCUUGCUCUCUCUUGAGCAUCUAUAAUAAAGACUACAGAUAGCAUAAAGCAAUGUGUUCUCUAAAGUGUUCAAUCUAAAUACAACUCUUUUCCUAUUUUUGAGAUUUACCUCUGGACCACAGUCAAGGAAUCUAAGACAAGGUGAUGAAAACACCCCAAAGCCUAGCUGGGCUCACUGGGUGAAGUACCUGUGUAAACCUAAGACCUGCCUGUCACCCCAGGAACUGGAUGUAGAGAUGGGCAAAUAUUCGGGGCUGGCUAGCCAGUCCAAACAGCUCUAGGCUCAGUGAGAGACACCAUCUCAAAAAUUGACUGGUGGCUGGCUACUCUUGCAGAACAAUCUAAGUUCUAUUUACAUGUGGCCCCCAGGUCCACAUUAGGCAACUCACAACUGCCUCCAAUUCUAGCUACAGGGAGAUCUGCCACUGAGCUCUGUCUUUGGUAUUUAGUCAACACCAUAUUCUCCACUUAGUGAACUACUGCCCAGAGUAAAUACAAAAUCAAAAAUCAAAAGGUCUGCCUACGAGUAACAGGAUUUUAAGUGUUUAUUUUUACAUUUUGUACAUUUAAAACUUCCCACUAGCUAGGUACACCAGUGUGGUCCUUUCCUACUCUCUUCCAUGACCUAGAAAAGUUGAAAUGCAUAGGUAAGAGGUAGGGGUUCACAUCCCAUUUUGCCUACUUCACAUGUGCUUGGGUGCCAGCUCUCAGUCCCUACAUGCUUGUCCAGACCUGUGGUACUCUUUUCCAUUCAACCUCCCCUCAGGGGACAAUGCCUGCACUGGUUCUAGUGAACUUUGCCCUAUGGCUUUCCUGUCUCUUCUUGAGAAUCACUUUAUUGAGUUUCAAAGUAAUACCCUCUAAAAAAGGCCAGGUGUGGUAGUACAGACCUUUUAUCCCAGCACUUAGGAGGCAGAGGCAAGAAGAUCUCUGUGAGUUUAAGGCCAGCCUGCGGUACACAGUAUGACCAUUUCCCAGACAAGUCAAACGAAAAGAAAAGCCAAAAAACCAAAACAGCUGGAGAGAUGACUCAGGUUGAAAGCUACAGUUAACUCCUGUAGAUCCCAGGUUCAGUUCUCAGCAACUGCAAGGCUCACAAUUGCUCUUGUAAGCAACUCUUACUCAUCUAAAACAAAAAAUACUCUUUAAAAAAAGGGAGAAAAGAAAUUAUUCAUGCCUUUACCCUGUUAGGCACACCAAUACACACCCACACACACACAAAAUCCAUUCUACUGUCUUCUUAUAACACAGCAAGCAGAGAUUUUAACCACGCUGAGACUGGGGAUGCAGCCAAGAGUCUAGCAUGCUCAAGGCGUUAACAAGCACCACUGUUAAGUAUCUCAAUAAGUAAAGGAAAAGAAAUGUGACUGAAUUUCAGAUUCUCUAAAAGGCAAUGUUUCUCAUUUCUGUGGACAUAGCAAGAUUAAAAAUAGUCACCAACUUAUGUCAUAAACUAGUUGGUAUCUGUGGUGCCCUUUCUUUGGGCCUCUGAACCAGGCUACCAGGAGCUGUGUCCACAAGGAGAACAAGGCUCAGUGACAGACAAUCAGAUGAUGUAUCAACCCUGUUGGUGCAGGGUAGGAAUGCAAGGCUGCAUGGUCCAGAACCCAUUCCGGAGACAAGACACAGAAAAACACACUGACAUUUCCCAGAUAGGACUUGAAUUGGUUACUUAUUCCAAUUUUGUUAUCUGUAAGACAGUUUCUUGUUUCUUGGGAGACCAUAAGGAAUGUGAUGUAACAGAUACUGCCUGGCAACUGAUCUGGAGUUGGUAAACACGUUCUCAGCUACAAGCUUUGACUACUUUAUACCUGAGAAGCCAAAAUGAACUUCAGACCAUUUCUAAGAUGGAUUCCUCCCUUUUUAGCUUUCUUACGAUUAAACACACUUACCUGACAAAAAAUAAAAUAAAAUAAAAUAAAACAAAACAAAACAAAACAAACAAAACCAAAGCAAGGUGUUGACCUGCAGUUCCCUUGUACCACUUAGGUGACAGCAGCUCUAGUUGUACAUGUUUGGUUCCAAGUCAAUGACCACUAAGCAGCAAUGAUAGAACUUACCACACAAAAUGUGCCAAUGCAGGGUUGUUUCCCUGCAGACCACCUGCACCCUUUCUAGCAAGGCUACUUCAGACAGGCUGAGACAAACACUAGUUUUUUUAUGUCUCAGCAUUCAUGACAAAUCUUUUACAAUAUGUUUCAAAUCAAACCAACUGUGAUCUGAAUGAGAAUGGCCUGCAUUAGGUUCAUAUACUUAAAUGCUUAGUCACCAUACAGUAGAACUGUUUGGGAAGGAUUAGGAGGUGUGUCACUGGGAGCAGGCUUUAAGGUUUCACAAGGUCAUGUGAAGUCCAAUGUUCCUCUGUCUGCUGCCUGUAGAUCUCUUAGCUACUGCUCCAGCACCAUGCCUGUUUGCUUUCUGUUGUGAUGAUCAGGGACUAAACCCCAUUUAAAUGCUUUUAGCAUCAUUAACCCCCCCCCCCACAAAUAUACAUUUAAUUUGUAUCUAAUGCAGUAGUUCUUGCUUAAUUUUUAUCAUAACCCUCAGUAAGAAACAAUUUUACACUAUACCCUGCUGUGUAUCUCUAACAGUUUUGAGAUGGUGGACAGCCCCCCCCCCCCCACCGGCCCCGCUAGCAUGCACAAAGCCAGAGCUCCAUCUGGAGGAAACAAACAAAAAACCACACACAACUAGUCUCCUUGGGAGAAAACUUGUUUUCUAUUCUGCCAGGUAGACUUAUUUAAUUCAAGACUAGACCAUGGUUUAAAACCACUGAACCAAAGAGUUACAAAGGCUAUUCAUUGGUCUAGUAACUUGGGUGUGAUAGUAUACAUUUGUAAUCUCAAACACUCAAGAAGCUGAAGCAGGAGGAUCUUGAGUUUGAGGCUAGCUUGGGCAAUUUAGUAAAGGGCUGUCUCAGAAGAGAAGCAGGUGUGUUAGGUAAGUGUGGCAGGCAAACGGUAGUGUGUGUGGUGUGUGCAAAGACCUGGGUUUGUUUUGUACUUAGCUUGUUUUCCUCCUGCGUCUGCCUCUACAGUGCUGGGACUAAAGGUAUGCCUCAAUAUGGCUGGCAGAAUGGGACAUUUAGUAAGAGGUCGGUAACAGGUUUAUGAGGUGUUAGUAUAGAAGCCACACCAUUUGGGGGUGGGAACUGAAUCCAGUGCUCUUAAAAACUGCGUUCUCUCUCCAGCUUAUUUAUCUUUUGAAACAAUCCUACAACAUAACCCAGGCUGACCCUAAAUUUGUAAUCCUCUUAUUCUUUCACGUGCUGGGAAUGUGGUAUGCCACCAUGCCCGGCUCAAAAAUAGACUUUAAUAAUGUUAA